AUGACAUCGUUAUCAAGUGUGACAAAUGAGGAGAAAAAACGUUAUGUAAUCAUUAGCUAUAUGUUUGAGUGUGCGGCGAAACUUCGUUUGAAAGAAACUGAUUUCGAUCAAUAUACAUUAGCAGCAACAGCUUUGUCUCUGGCAAGUAAAUACGAAGAAGAACAUGUGAAGAUUCGAGAUUUGAUUAAUGUCACCUAUCGAACACUUCAUCCUGAUCGACCGUAUCUGCGUAUAUCGAAUGAAUACCAUCGUUUACGAAAUACAUUAGUUGAUUGUGAACUAUUUCUCAUUCGUAUUCAUGGUUUUCAUUUUCAAUUCAAUCAUCCAAAUAAAUAUCUGCUUCAUUAUCUUGAUACAUUGAGUAGAUGGAUGUUGAUUACUCCAUCGACGCCAAUAAAAACUAGCCGGAAUCUAAUUGAUAUCGCUAUGUCCAUCUUGCAGGAUACUUAUUAUGAUUUUACAUUGAUUAAAGACUUCGCACCACAACACGUGGCAAUCGCGAUUAUCUAUCUUCUGAUUAAAACUUAUAAUUUAGAAAUUCCAGGUAUGACGAAUGACGAUGAACAUAUUAAUUGGAUGAAGGUAUUCAGUUCGACAAUGACUAAUGAUAUUCUUGUAGAUAUUAUCACUCGAAUCAAUACUGUUUACAAAUAUGUUGAACGAACAUUAGAACAAUCAAUGGAGACAAAGGCUGAUUAG